AUGGCCGUCGUCUCCCCUCCCGACCAGGCAAGCCUCCUGUCGGCCGUCCUUCCCGCCCUCCCAGCCGCAGCAGCAUCAACCCAGCCCGCCCUCCAGGUCCUCCCUCUCCUCUCCCCCAUCCUCCGGCAACGAGUCCAGCUCCUCUCCGCCUCUAGCACAGAACCAUGGCUCCGUCUCCUGUGCUACGACGCCGCCAAGGCCGCCAAGCUGGCUGACAUUGCCCGCGGCCCGACGCUCGAGCCGCACCCAGUAUCCGGCGAGGUCGAGGUCGACUGGGGGUACGACUCGGAAACCCGCUACAGGCGGCUCGACCAGGAGACGCUGCAGGCCCUCGUUGCCCUGCCAGAGCUAGGACUCGCCUUCAACCUGGUCUACUGUGUAAACGACAAGGAGGGCGGCGGCGACGGCUGGCGCAUCGGCGAGGUCACCGUUGCAGACAAGCCCACGCCCUUCUCCCAGUUUGGCGGCGCGUCGACCAUCGCCGAAGCAGAGAGGCAGUUCAACGACAAGGAAGCCAAGGAAACCAAGGCCAGAGACACGCUCCGGGUAAACGGCGCAACCGCAAAGUCCACGCCCGCGGGCGAUGUUGACGACGACGACGACGACUACUGGGCGCGGUACGACGCAACGCCCGCCAGAACACCAGCCAGCCAUCGCAGCCCCGCGCCAAACACCGGCAGCGCAACGCUCUCCCACCACCGGCAGCCCGACGCUCUUCGAUCGGUAGCUGAAGACGACUACUUUGCGCAGUACGACGGCGUGCAGCCCGCCAUGGACAACCACGACCCCGACGAAGAGGCCCAGGCGGCGCGGCUCACGGGAUCCCCCGGCUGCUUCCAGCAGAACCCCGCGCCCGCCUGGGUGAAUGGAAACGGCGGGAUCCAGCACGGCCUGUCCAAUGCUGAGAUCGGGUUGCAGCAGCCCCGACCCGAGUCGAGCGCCUCGUCCAAUGGCUCCCUUACCGUCGCCAAGCUUGAAGAGACGGCGGGUAGGCAGGAGAAGAAUGAGUUUGGGGUGAAGCAGCAUGUUUCGCGUAGCAUACGCAGCCUGUACAUGCUCUCCAAGGCUAGUGGCAUAGAUAGGGACGAGUUUGAGAGGCUUGUGAAGACGGAGCUCGAUUUGCUUGGCAUGAUGGAUGAGGGAGAAUGA